GGCGGAGAGAAGGAAGACUCAUAUCCGAAAGUUGUUGCGCUCUUUCCAAUCUGUGGAUUUCCGUUCCUCCCUGUUUGUUGCAAUAAACGCCAUAGAAACCCGUUCGGAUUAACCCUUUUUUUUUUUUUUUUUCUUUUUUGUUGUUGAAAGGAAUAGUUUGUUUUCUCAUUUAAAAAAGUGGCUGACUGCAGCUCUGGUCCCCAUGCUCUGCCUUGUGAGUGCUGCCUGGCCUGUUGAGCCCAUAGCUGCUGGUGUGUCUUUACUGGGCUGCAGCUGAAGCAGGAAUACAGUGACUGGUGGAGGUGGUGGUGGUGGUGGUGGUGGUGGUGGUGGUGGUGGAGGUCGUCAGAGGCCACACGAAGAUGAACAGACUGCCCUUCCACAACAACAAAGCCAUGCAGGACCGCCGCUGUGUCUGUGUCUUUUUGCCCAAUGAUGACACGCUCAAUGUCAUAGUCAAUGUGAAGACCUUGUGCCAGGAACUGUUGGUCCAGGUGUGUGACCUCCUGAGGCUGAAGGACUGUCACCUGUUUGGACUCAGCGUUAUUCAGAAUAAUGAACACAUCUAUAUGGAGCUGGAUCAGAAGCUUUCCAAGUACUGCCCCAAAGAAUGGAAGAGAGAAGCCAGCAAGGGCAUCGACCAGUUUGGGCCUCCAAUGAUCAUCCACUUCAGAGCUCAGUACUACGUUGAGAACGGGAGAUUAAUCAGUGACCGGGCAGCCAGGUACUAUUACUACUGGCACUUGAGGAAACAGGUGCUGCUCUCACAGUGCAUCCAAAGGGAGGAGGCCUACUUCCUCCUGGCAGCCUUCGCCCUUCAGGCUGACCUCGGCAACUUCAAACGUAACAAGCACUUUGGGAAGUACUUUGAACCUGAAGCCUACUUCCCCUCAUGGGUGAUAACCAAGCGUGGCCGCGAGUACAUCCUGAGGCACAUCCCGAAUAUGCACAAGGACCAGUUUGCUCUCACAGCUUCAGAGGCUCACCUUAAAUACAUCAAGGAGUGUGCACACCUGGAUGACGUCACUGUCCACUACUACAGACUCUACAAGGACAAGAAGGAAGUAGAGGCUUCUCUCAGCUUGGGACUGACUUUACGUGGAAUCCAAAUAUUUCAGAAUGUCGGAUCCGUGAGGCAACUCUUGUACGACUUCCCCUGGACCAACGUGGGAAAACUGGUAUUUGUGGGGAAGAAGUUUGAAAUCCUCCCUGACGGUCUGCCCUCGGCCCGUAAACUCAUCUACUACACGGGAUGUCCCAUUCGCUCUCGACACCUCCUGCAGCUGCUCAGCAACAGCCACCGGCUCUACAUGAACCUGCAGCCCGUUCUCAAACAGGUCCGCCGGUUGGAGGAAAACGAAGAGAAGAAGCAGUACAGGGAGUCGUACAUCAGCGAUGCUCUGGAACUGGACAUGGACCAGCUGGACAAGCGUUCCCGAGCCAGCGGCAGCAGCGCAGGGAGCAUGUCUCACCACAAACGCCUGUCUCGCCACUCCACGACCAGCCACGGCAGCUCCCACACCUCCGGCAUUGGGACGGACAGCUUCAGGGCCUCAGGUCAGGCCCCACACAGACCCCUGAGGACCUGCAGCUCGUCCACGACCAGCCACGGGAGCUCACACACCUCCGGCAUCGAGAGCAGCGGCAAGGAGCGCAUUCUAGAUGAUGACGAGAUUGAGAUGCUUGUGGACGACCCCAAAGACUACGAGGAGCUUCAUGAGAUGGCUCUGGACCAGGAGCUGUGUAUCCACAUCACUGAGGACAUGUUGACCAUGUCGCCUGAUCAGACCAACGGAUACACAGGACUGAUAGUAAAGGACGUCAGCUCCUCCACCUCCAGCUCCUCGGAGACGGUCGUCAAGAUGAGAGGACAGAGCAUCGAGUCUCUGCCACAGACUUCUGUGUGCAGGAAGCCUCAGUCUUCGACCGACCGACACAGCCAGUCCUUAGACGACGUCCGGCUCUACCAGAAGGACUGCCUGCAGUGGGCGGAGCUCUGCCAGGACACCGCCCACAGCUACACGUUCGGGUGCGCCCAGGAGCUGAGUGAUGGAGGAGGCGGUGGCGGUGGAGGAGGUGGUGGCGGUGGCGGUGGCGGCGGCGGCGGUGGCUAUCAGGGUCUCGCCGAUCAGCGCGCCGGCAUGCUCGGCGAGCAGCACCCGUUUCCCAUCAAGAGAACCAACAAGUACUUCUCCCUGGAUCUGACCAACGACGAGGUCCCAGAGUUUGUGGUGUGAAGGAGAGGAAACGAGGCGAGGUGACCUUUUUUAUUUUUGCUCCGAUGUAGAGAUGCUUCAGCCUCAGGGAACGAGAAGAGAGAGUUGGAGAGGUGGUUUCUAGGAUGAGUAAACUGGAAACAAGUCGGCGGUCCCUUCACUUACCACUUCGGACGAACAACAAAUAAUAAAUGAACAAACAUGGAGGACUCCGGCUGAAAAAGGGAACUUUAAGACACUCGGUUAAAAGAGAUCUGCAUCUUUACAAAGUAACCUGAGCUGCUCUCCUGUGUGAAAGGAAACAAAAGGGAUCGUGCCAUUUAAAAAAACAAAACAAAAAAAAACAUUUUUAUUCAAAUCUGUCUCCUCCAAACUGGUUUCAUGAACCACACGUUGCGUUUGCCUGCUUUAUUAAGUCGUAAACAGACAGUGCUUACAGCAGACAGAGACUCGUGCACAGACGUGAGCAGCAUAUCAAAGAUUUUCCUCUGGAGGAAACGGAGGACGAAAAUCACUCUGAGCUACGAACCAAAGACGAGAAAUGGAAAUAAACUAUGUCCAACUUUUUCCUCAGUGUGUAGUCAUGAUGAAAGAACAUCACAAGUCAUGCUGGGAGGGAAGAAGAACCCAUAAUCCUUUGAGAGGAAGCAGCCUUGGUUUUCUUCUUCUUCCACGCCGCUUCAUUUGACCUCAACAGGAGGUGCAGUGUGCCAACUCUCCUUCGCUCAGACUGGACUCUGAAUCAUGUGAACACACUCCCGAUGUGCCUUCAUCACACUAUGCAGGUGUCAAACCGUCGCCUUGACAAUCACACACCCUCAUCAUCGUCAUUUUUAAAGAUCAAAACAUUCAGAAUUCAAAGCUCAACAUUGUUUUUUAAAUGUCUUACACACACACACACACUUGAAGACGGUUCUUCAUCAUCUUCAAUGUCAAAAAAGUCUUGAUUUCAAACUGUCAUGUCCUGUUAACUCUGACAGAUUUCCCCGUAGGAAUGAGGUCGAGUCAGUUCCUACAUGUCCUGACUUGCGUCGAGUUUUCAGCCACAAAAGCUCCCCUGUAAUCUAGACUCAAAAUGGAGCCCGGUUGGCUGGGGGCCAAAACAAACCGUACAUUUUGAUGCAUACAUGUGCGUCUUCCUUUCUGCUCGGCUGUCUUUCACUCUUGUUGUCUUCCGUUUCGUUUCAUCCAUCAUUUUUCAACUGGAAUUUGUCGCGUUUCUUUUAUUUUUCAUCCUCUCGUUUUACAUGAAAUCUCUUUACAUGUAUUUUUUGUAUGAGCUCUCCAGACUUGUGUAUGUUGAACAGUUAAUCUGCGUGCAGUUGAUGUAAUUCAGUAUUACAAGCAAAUAAUAUGUGACAGUAUUAAGGACAGGUGAUGCUUGUGGCUCUGAACAAGAAAGAUACUUUUUUUUUUUAUCUCACAGUAGGAUUCAAGAGAACUGAAGCCUGUUGUAGCCAAGGGUGACAAGUUCAGGAGGUUGUGGCAGGUUAAAACAACAAACAAGAUUCAUUUUUUUUUAUUCAUAAAUCAUGCAGCUCACGUUCAAAGUGCCACUGUUACCGCUCUGUCUGAUUGAAAUCAAUAAUAUCAUGCUUUUUUAAAGAUACAACCAUAAUAUUUGUAACUCUUUUGAAUCAGGAGGAAAACAUUUCUCCGUGAUCUUUAUCAUGAAAUAACAGUUUGAUUUAAGAAUGAUCUCUCAAGAUGAGUAGGUUCUAUAUACAACUUUUCAAGUGGUUAAAAUCAUCCCAUUAGUUAUUGGGGGAAAAAAAUCAAAAAAAGACUGGAUUCUGCUGAUGAUGUGUGAUAUUUAAGGAUUAGUUCAUAAUUUUGGGGAAUGCUUUUGAUACAAAUUUGUGCCAAGAGUUGGACGAGAAGCUCAAAACCACUCUCAUUAACAUGACGCUACAGCCAAAAGAUGAUUAGCUUAGCAUAGCAUAAAGACUGGAAACCGGGAUAAACACCUAGCCAGGCUUUAACCAAAGGUAACAAAAUCAACCUAAUUACCAACUGAUAGCUGUGUUUUUUUGUAGAUGUAACAAUCUAUAAGAUAUAACAAUAUAUAGAAGAUAAUGUGAUAAUUAGUGAGCUUAAGAAGGGCUGUUUGGUGGAUUUCGUUACCUCUGGACAGAGCCUGGCUAGCUGUUUCCCUUUGUUUCCAGUCUUUAUGCUAAGCUAAGCUAAAAGACUGCUGGUGGUAGCUUCAUAUUUUCAAGUAUCAAUCUUCUCAUCAAACUCUUUGCAAGAAAGUAAUUAUGCGCAUUUCACAAAAUGUCAAACUUUUCCUUCAAAUGUUUAGUGUUCACUGUGUUACAUGUCAUCUGCAGAUAGGAUGUUAUCAUUUUAAAUUCAAACAGGCUUUUAAACAUCUUGAGCUCCCAGAGUUGUUUUAAAAGACAUAAGUCAGCAAGAGCAAUAGCAUCUGAUCAAGGUUUUAAAAAAUACAUUUAUGUAACAAAUAAACACAGUUGAUACUGCUAUGUAUGUUUUUUUCUUUCACUGAUUUAAACUUGUAAUUAUUUCUACUCAUUAAUGGAAAAUGUCUAAGGUCAUAUUUUGAUGGACAAUGAUGUUUCUUAUAUAAAAACAGUAUGUGUUAAGGUACAUAGCCAUACUCUCAUAACCCAUGUCCUUAAAAGUCUUCAUAAGUUGUUCUAACUUCCUUUUUCUGACUUCAAUAUAUGGUCAUGCUUACACUGAGUAAGAGUCUGUAUGUCUGUGUCCAUUUAAUCCUUUCUGUGAAAGGAUCUCCCUUCAGGAAAAAAUUAAAGAUUUUUUUUGUCACCCUGUAGUUAAAAAAAUAUGAUUUGUUAUGAUGAAGUCUGGUCCGUGCCUUCUUGGUACUAAUGCCCUCAAUAUCCAAUAAAAAGGUACACUUAUUUGCCAAA